AUGAUUGUGUUGAGUUCUAAGUUUUGGGAAGAAGUUAUGCUAAUUGUGGAUAAUUCAAGUAUGUUGUUGCUUAAGGAAGAUUGGAGUGAAAGAGAGGUUAUUGGAGAGGGGAAAUCAGUUAAAAUAAUUGGUGAGUGUGUGUUUAUUGAUGGUUGA